AUGCCGACCAAAAUCCUUCAAAAGAUUUUAGAUUUGACGGAUAGACUGGGCACCAUCGACCUUUACAUCACCGAUACCAACUUCACAUUAUGCUGUGAUGGCGAAAAAAUCCGUUACUCAAAUACCCUGGUAACUUAUGAAGAAGAAAAAAUGACAAUUGACAAUGGCACCCAAAUGACAGUUACAUUUAAUGAUUUGACAACUCUACUGAAAUCUCAAAAACUUGAUUUGGGAACAUUUCGAAUUUACAAUUGCACAGUACCAAUUUCAAAAAUUCAACCGGAUUGUUUAAACGGUUUAGUGAAAACUUUGGAAUCUGUACAAGAUCUGCAUAUUGUUAAAACUGUAUUCAGUAAGCUGGAUGCAAAUGAAUUGUACAGAAUAAUUCCAUUAUUUGACACUGAGACACUUGAAGAAAUUGAUUUUGUCAACUGUAGCACAGGAUGCCUGUUGGAUGACGAUUUGUUUAGAAAUGUGAAAACUUUGAAAUUGCUGGGAGACUAUGGCUCAUUGAGCAUUGAAACAAUCCCUUACUUCACUCAUUUUUACAUAAAAGUGGAUUUUUUUACAAGAGAUAAUGCAAUUGGAAUUCGAGAUGUUCUUCUAAACGCCCAAAACUUUCAAGUUUGCCAAUUUCAAUUUCCACACAAUGACCCCACGGAAAUUGCCGAAGUCUUUGAUCCCGGAUAUCAUGGUGGUGAAACAUCACUUAUUCAAUACAAUAAUAGACUUUUUGACUUCACAAUUAAUAUCGGACCAGGAUACCUUCAUAUUCAGAAAAACCACCAAGGCAAUUGA